CAGGCGGCGGCCGGAAGUGCUGGCGGCCGAGGCCGCGGCGGGCACUGCGCAUGCGUUGCUGCUGCCCGGCCCGCCUCCCCCCUCCCCAUCCCCCCGUUCCCCCGUCCCACAGCCCCCGGUCUCGGCCGCUCGCCGACGGGAGGAGAAAACCUUGCCAGGUUCAUGUGAGAGAUGGCGAAUGCCGAGGUGAGCGUCCCUGUGGGCGAUGUGGUGGUCGUACCAAGUGACGGGAGUGAAGGGGAGAACCCAGAGGAUACCAAAACCCAAGUGAUCUUGCAGCUCCAGCCGGUGCAGCAAGGGAUUUACCAAGAGGGCUCUGAGGCCAGCGCCGCUGUGGUGGCCGUGGAAACCCACACCAUCCACAAGCUGGAAGAAGGGAUUGAUCCCAGCACCCUCGAAACGAGUGAGGAAAUCGAGAUCGCCUAUCCCAUCACCUGUGGGGAGAGCAAAGCCAUCCUUCUCUGGAAGAAGUUUGUCUGUCCAGGAAUUAAUGUCAAGUGUGUGAAGUUCAAUGACCAACUGAUUAGCCCGAAGCACUUUGUUCACCUGGCUGGGAAGUCUACCCUGAAGGACUGGAAGAGAGCCAUUCGCCUCGGAGGAAUCAUGCUAAGGAAGAUGAUGGAUUCAGGGCAGAUUGACUUCUACCAACACGACAAAGUUUGCACCAACACCUGUCGAAGCACCAAGUUUGAUCUCCUGAUCAGCAGUGCCAGAGCACCAGUGCCAGGGCAGCAGAGCGUGGUGCAGACUCCAACCUCAGCUGAUGGGAGCAUCACCCAGAUUGCGCUGUCAGAGGAGAGUAUGGAGGAGGGGAUAGAGUGGAACUCGGCUCUGACAGCUGCUGUCACCAUGGCCACUGAGGAAGGCAUGAAAAAGGACACGGAUGAGAUUUCAGAGGACACACUGAUGUUCUGGAAAGGAAUAGCUGAUGUGGGGCUGAUGGAAGAGGUGGUGUGCAACAUCCAAAAGGAAAUAGAAGAAGUCCUAAGAGGUGUGCAGCAGCGGUUGGGUCAGUCUCCCUUCCAGAUGACAGAUGCUGCAGUCCUGAACAAUGUCGCCCAUACAUUUGGCUUAAUGGACACAGUCAAGAAGGUGCUGGACAACAGGAAAAACCAGACAGAGCAAGGAGAGGAACAGUUUCUUUACACACUGGCAGACCUGGAGCGGCAGCUGGAAGAACAGAAGAAACUUGCCAGGGACCAGAAGACCAAGUCCCAAACCAUCCAGAAUGUGGUGCUGAUGCCCAUGAGCACUCCCAAGCCUCCCAAGAGACCCCGUCUGCAGCGCCCAGCCUCCGCUACCAUCCUCAGCCCCUCCACCCCUAUCCAGCAGCCUCAGUUCACUGUCAUCUCCCCCAUCGCCAUCGCGCCCGUUGGACAACAGUUCUCUGUGGGCAACAUCCCAGUGGCAACCCUCAGCCAAGGCUCCAGCCCAGUGACUGUUCAUACCUUGCCAUCUGGCUCCCAGCUCUUCCGAUAUGCCACCGUGGUUUCAUCCUCCAAGACCAGCUCCUCAGACACCGUCACCCUGCACCCAUCCUCCAGCCUGGCACUGCUGAGCUCAGCAGCCAUGCAGGACACUGGGGCCCUGGCCAAUGUGGCGACCAUGGUCAACCCCGUGGAACUGGUGGCCAUGGAGUCUGGCAUCACUUCCACCAUCCAAGCUGUGGAAGGCACCUCAGACGACGGGCAGACCAUCAUAGAGAUUGACCCGGCGCCGGAUCCUGAGGCAGACACAGACGAAUCAGAGGGCAAAGCUGUGAUCCUGGAGACAGAGCUGAGGACUGAGGAGAAAGUGGUGGGAAAUGUGGAAGACCAUCAGCACCAGCUGGAGAAACACGAGACAUGGAUAAAGCUCCGUCUCCGUGGAGCACUGAACAAUACCACUUGUGGAAGGGUCAAGGUAAGGUCAAGGAGAGACUGGAUCUCUGCUGGAAAACCCAACCAGGAAGAACUAGCCAUGCCUCGGUGCUUCUGCUCCAGGGCUGCCCUAGUGCCCUAGCCCGGAGACUUUAUUUGAGAGACAAUAACACUUGAGUGUGGAUGUGGCUGUGAGAAGGGGUGACGGAUUUGGGGUGGAACAGGUACCUCAUUUGUAUUUUUAUUUUCCCCAGGGAAAGGGAAUUCUGUCGGACUCUUCACUGUCACCUCAAAUUUUUCUUGCUUUGAGGAGGCAGACAGUACAAUGUCGGCCAUAUACAUGGACAGUACAGUACUGUCCAUGUUCUCCUCCUCCACACAAAUUGUUUUUAUAUCUCUAUUUUUUGUAUUUGUUUGCUCUCUCCCUUCCCUUGUCCAGGUUUCCCAGCUGCAAAGCCCUGGGACCUUCUCUCAGGGUCCCUGUGUCCCAAUCCCUCCUCUUCCCAUGGCACUUUUCCCCCAUCCCUUUCCCUGCCUGGCAAGGCUCGGUGCUGCAAAUGCCACUUGACGACUCCAAGAUCACUUCAGCCUUUUGUAUAAGGCAAAAAAUAUCAAGCUCAAACCCAGAUCUCCCCCCUUGGCUGCUCAGCACCGCAGGGACCUUUCAGGGUGUACAAAGCAUGUUGUGCUGUUGCUUUCUGGGAGAGACAGAUUUUGGAUCAGGACAGCUUCUGUUUACACUGUGUGCUGAGGCUGCUCUGUGCUUGUCGCUUCUUGUUUGGUGGUUUUAUUUUUGUAUUAUUUUUUCUUCUUUCUUCCUGUAAUCUCUUGGCAGGGUUAGAACUGGCACAUUGCUGAAAUACGAUGCACCCUGCUGUUUUCCCACUUUCCCUCUUUUUUUCUGGAGGUUGGAGAUCCAUUCGGACUUUGCCACACUGGGAAAAUGGAGGGGGAAAGCAACGGGUGGCUUCAGAGGUGUGGAGGUU